AUGUACAAUCAGCUGAUAGCAACGAUACUUUUUGGUGUGUAUAAACCAGAUCAAGAGCCUUACGAAGCGAUUCCAACUUCGACCGAAGAACAGUACACCAUUCUGUCGCAUUUAAACAAAAAUCCCUGCAUUACUUUUUAA